UUUCUCCCAAGUAAAGAAGACACACCAUACAAACAUGGGAAACGGUGACAAAGGUCGUCCCAGCAAGAAAAUCAAGUUCUCCAAGGAGGAGUAUAAUAGGGCUUCGGUUCCCGAAGACAAUAAUGAAUCUCGUUUCGGAGAAGAUAUGGACGAAGAUCGCGAUGGUGAAGGGAAAAAGAGGGAUUUCACGAAAUUGGAACUUAAACCCGAUCAUGCAAAUCGCCCUUUGUGGGCUUGCGCGGAUGGUCGAAUUUUCCUUGAAACUUUCUCCCAGUUGUAUAAGCAGGCCUAUGAUUUCCUCAUUGCGAUUGCUGAACCAGUUUGCAGGCCAGAGUCGAUGCACGAGUACAACUUGACUCCACAUUCCUUAUAUGCUGCUGUGUCAGUGGGGCUCGAAACAGAAACCAUCAUUUCUGUCUUGAAUAAACUAUCGAAGACCAAGCUUCCGCAAGAGAUGAUUGAUUUUAUUCAUGGUUCUACUGCUAAUUACGGCAAAGUGAAGCUUGUGCUCAAGAAGAAUAAAUACCUCGUGGAGUCCCCAUUUCCAGAGGUAUUGAACAGGUUGCUACACGACGAAGUUAUUGGACGAGCUAGAAAAUUGUCCGACGUGUCUGAGGGAAAUCAUGGAAGUGAAGGCUUUAUGAAAGGCAAAUCCGCUGCUGAAAUAGGAGGCGCCCAUGAUGAGUUGCUUAAUGAAGCUGAGUUGGCAGCUGUAGCUGAAGAAAAAGAAACCCAUUCAUUUGAAAUUGACCCUGCGCAGGUUGAAAAUGUAAAGCAGCGGUGUUUGCCUAAUGCUCUGAAUUAUCCCAUGUUGGAGGAGUAUGAUUUUAGAAAUGAUCCGGUCAAUCCUGAUCUUGAGGUCGAAUUGAAGCCCCACGCACAACCGCGCCCUUAUCAAGAAAAGAGUCUUAGUAAAAUGUUUGGGAAUGGAAGAGCACGUUCGGGUAUCAUUGUUCUACCGUGUGGUGCUGGAAAGUCCUUAGUUGGCGUUUCUGCAGCUUGUAGAAUUAGAAAGAGUUGUCUUUGUUUGGCUACGAAUGCUGUGUCUGUGGAUCAGUGGGCUUUCCAGUUUAAAUUGUGGUCAACCAUUAAAGAAGAUCAAAUCUGUCGUUUCACAUCUGACAGCAAAGAGAGAUUCCGUGGCAAUGCUGGGGUGGUGGUGACAACAUAUAAUAUGAUUGCAUUUGGUGGAAAACGUUCUGAAGAAGCCGAAAAGAUAAUCGAGGAAAUAAGGAACCGAGAGUGGGGACUGUUGCUCAUGGACGAGGUUCACGUGGUUCCUGCUCACAUGUUCAGGAAGGUCAUUAGUCUCACAAAGUCUCACUGCAAAUUAGGGCUCACUGCAACUCUUGUGAGAGAGGAUGACAGAAUUACAGAUUUGAACUUCCUUAUUGGUCCGAAAUUGUACGAGGCGAAUUGGUUGGACUUAGUGAGAGGAGGAUUUAUAGCAAAUGUUCAAUGUGCAGAAGUCUGGUGUCCAAUGACAAAGGAGUUCUUUGCUGAGUAUCUCAAGAAAGAAAAUUCAAAGAAGAAACAGGCUCUCUAUGUGAUGAACCCUAAUAAAUUUAGGGCUUGUGAGUUCCUUAUCCGAUUCCAUGAACAACAGCGGGGUGAUAAGAUAAUCGUUUUUGCUGACAAUCUGUUUGCACUGACGGAGUAUGCAAUGAAGCUUCGAAAACCUAUGAUUUAUGGUGCCACCAGUCAUCCUGAAAGAACAAAAAUCCUUGAAGCAUUCAAAACCAGUAAGGAUGUGAACACCGUUUUCCUUUCAAAGGUGGGAGAUAAUUCGAUUGAUAUUCCAGAGGCAAAUGUGAUAAUUCAAAUUUCAUCACAUGCUGGUUCAAGGCGUCAAGAGGCUCAACGACUUGGUCGUAUUCUUAGGGCUAAGGGAAAACCUCAGGACAGGGUGGCUGGAGGCAAGGAGGAGUACAAUGCAUUUUUUUACUCUCUUGUAUCCACCGACACUCAGGAGAUGUAUUAUUCAACCAAGAGGCAGCAGUUUUUGAUUGAUCAAGGUUACAGUUUUAAGGUUAUCACAAGCUUGCCUCCUUCCGAUUCAGGAUCCGAGUUGAGCUACCAUCGUCUUGAGGACCAGCUUGCACUUCUCGGAAAGGUACUGAGUGCGGGCGAUGAUGCAGUCGGUUUAGAACAACUGGAAGAAGAUGCAGAUGAUAUUGCUCUUCAGAAAGCCCGUCGCUCUGCUGGAUCCAUGAGCGCAAUGUCUGGAGCCAAUGGAAUGGUUUACAUGGAAUAUAGUACUGGGCAGAAAAAGCUACAUGGGCAAAUGAAGAGCAACAAGCCCAAGGAUCCAACUAAGAGACAUCAGUUAUUCAAGAAACGUUUUGGCUAAACAGUCCUGGAAAUUGAUGAAAUCAAUUCAUCAAACUUACGGAAUAAUAUAUACGUAAUGUUUAUACCGAGCGUUUUGGGCAUUUUCCGUUUUGUUCGUCGUCAGUUUUGAACUGGACCAUAGUACAAACUCCACGGCGAAAAUCCAGCUAACAGACAUGUUGUCCGGUUUGUUUUAUGCUACAUGCGAUGAAUUUUAUCGAGUUAGUACUGGGAACUAUCCAUUAUGAAAACAUUUCAUAUGUUAUGUUUGUGAUUUUGUCAUACGUAUAUGUGCGGGAUUCUUUAUUUCACCAGGUGUAGCAUUUAUGAACAGUAGUACUCCUGGAUAUUUUGUACAUAAUUUGUCAUUUUUCUUAAAUCGAGUUCAAGCUCAAUUCGAACUUCAUAGCUUAUCGAACAAAAAUAUGUAUUCAAGUUUGGUUCGUUAUAAUAACAAACCGAGCUCAAAUGAUUUUUUUAAGGAACGAUCUCGAAUCAAGGGUCGAAUAAGUUUGUUUGAUUUUUAA